AUGAUCCUGUGGCUGACAAUCCAGCUGUUGACCCUCUGGCCUGCAUGUCAUACGGACAUCACACUGACAGCUCCCCCAGCCUCAUCCCCCCAGCCAUGGCUGGGGGCUCAUCCUGCUGCAGUUGUGACUCCUGGAGUCAACGUGACCUUGAGGUGCCGCGCCCCCCAACCUGCCUGGAGGUUCGCACUCUUCAGAACUGGGGUCCUUACCCCUCUGCGCUGCAGGGAUGUGUCCGCGGAGCUGGCUGAGUUCUUCCUGGAGGAGGUGACUCUGGCCCAGGGGGGCAGUUAUUACUGCCGCUAUCGCAGGACAGACUGGGAACGGGGGGUCUGGUCCCAGUCCAGCAAUGUCCUGGAACUGCUGGUGACAGGUGAGGUCCCGGGAGGCAUGGGAGAAGGGCCCAGGAGCGAGAUUAAGCACACGCCCUCUGCCCCCUAUGUGCUGUCACAGCGCAGCCAGCCACUGGUCAUCAGCUCCGAAGGUCCUGGCUCCUCGGACUACACUCAGGCAAACCUCAUUCGCUUGGGGCUGGCAGGCCUGGUCCUCAUCUGCUUGGGCGUCUUAGUUACCUUUGACUGGCACAGCAGAAGCUCUGCUUUUGGCCGCCUCCUGCCCCAGCAAAACUGGGUGUAGCCACGUGGGAUGGGAAGAGAAACCCUGGAGGCGGGCAGCGAAGCCGGGACCUCGGUGACUGGUUGCCAUGGAACAUUCCAGGCCU